AUGCGAAAAUCGAAGAGACUACGAUCUGGGAUCUGGACAUUAUCUGUAUUGCUGUUGUUGGUGUUUGUCAAUGCUAUGAUAUUAUUUAGGAGUGCGAAUGAAGGAGACUCGAGUCAAGUACUAGAAAAUAUUGUCGCUAAGGUAGGUGGCCCAGAACAGCAGACGCUUAUAGUCUCACCGCGACGGAGCUCGUCAAUACACCGUACGCACAGACAUGGUCUACGAAGUUGGAUUGAUGUGAAUAUGAAUCAUAGCAACACCGAGCAUGUUACACCCUUGAAGGCUCCACGAACAACUUACGUCGAAUUCUAUAUAACGCAGUCAGAGAAAUGCCGAAGCCGGAAUUUUGUGACAGGCGUGGUUCUAAUAACAAGUGCGUCAGAGAACUGUCAAAACAGGGACGCUAUUCGAGAAACUUGGAUGAAAGCUUUAAUGAAAGACAACGAUGCAAUAGUUGUAUUGUUUUUGGUAAGUGUAACAAAACAGGAGGAACAGUUACAUACACUUGACAUUGAGUGCAGUAAAUAUCAGGAUAUGAUUGUCAUCGUCAGGGAAGUUCACGAAAGUUCAAACGUAGGAAGCGUGCUGUACUGGACUUCCAUGUACUGCCCAGAGUCUAGAUACAUGCUUAAAGUGGACGACAGCACAAUGAUUAUACCAACAAAUUUAUUACGCACACUUGGACGCUCUCCAGGUAACAACUUGGCGGCUGGAAAACUAGUAGUUGAUAGUAAGCCGAUCAGAGAUCAGCGUUAUUCAAGCUACGUGCCUAAAAGUUCGUGGUCGGGUGAAAUAUACCCUCCCUACUUACAAAGUCCGUCGUAUUUGUUGUCCAGGGACAUUGUGUCCAAAUUAUUAACAGCAUAUACAGAAGCACCUGAUUUCCCAGUAGAGGACGUUUUAUUGGGCAUACAUUUAAACAGAUUAAGAAUUACACCCGUGGAUUACGCUGACAUGGAUAUACACGGAUUAAAGCGGCAAUAUUGCCAUUUGAUAACUACGUCACUUUCAGGUAAUUAUUUGCCAGGUGACCUUUUAUUUACCUGGAACCGUAUAAUGACCGCUAAGGAUCUCCCCUGUGUAAAUACGACAAAUGAAGAACGUGCAUUGCUUGAUGGAAUGUUGAUCACCGAUCCACAUUCCAACGUUUGCUUUAACAGCGAUGAUGUCAACGAACAGACGGGCGAGGUAUUCCUCCUAAUACUGGUCAAUACACUCGACGACGACGGUAAAUGGAGGCGUCAAACUAUACGAGACACAUACGGUAAAGUGAAACGCGUCGACGAUAAAACUGUCGUAACUUUGUUUGUCUCUCAAAGCGAUAGUGCGCAGCGUAUGUAUGACAGUGGUAUUAUAAACUCGGAAGAUGAGCUGGUAGUUCUGGGAAAAUAUGACGGCAGCAAAGUACGCAGAACUGUCGGUUUGUUAUGGUCGAAGUAUUAUUGCCCAACAGCGAGUUACGUUAUGGUAGUGGACGAUGACGUUAUUGUUAACGUCAGAAAUACGGUUAGAUAUCUGUCGUCAGUAACGUCAAAUUCCUUUGCAAUGAUUGGUUCUGAUAUGAAAAAUGAAAAAAGUAGAUUCAAUGGCACAUUCAUAUUGUCUGGGCAGCUGAUUAAUAAAUUUGUGUUUCCCGCAGUAAACAUAAGUUCCUACUGCGGCAACACGGCUUUCAUUGAAAAAGCUAUUCGAUCUACCAACGUAAGGACGGUUAUCCACGAUGAUAUUGACAAUGGCGGUAGAGUACGACACCUUUGUGAUCUUGAUAAAUUGAUAGCGUCAAGUGGUUUCUAUGACAACAUGGCUCAAUACCUAUCCGGUCUCCGGCUGUGGUUGGAUUACCUGGAGUGUGGAAACAGUUUUAAUAAUUUAACUAACCGUAAUUUUGAAUAUCUUUUACAACACGAGGAUAUGUGCAAGCGUUUCGGUGAAAACACGCGAUCACUGACAGUCCUCAUUGGCAUUUUGUCGUCACCGGGACACUUUAUUCAACGACUGGCUAUAAGGCAGACCUGGGGAAAAAUUUCGUCAAGGAACGAUAAUACGUUUAUAAAGAGGGUUUUCUUACUGGGUAGAAGUAACUCAGAGUCAAUACAGAACAAAAUCAUUAGCGAAAACUCAAAAUAUCGUGAUAUUAUCCAACAAGAUUUCGUUGAACACUAUCGGAAUUUAACGUAUAAAACAAUAAUGCUAUUAGAAUGGGCGUCUAACUACUGUAGUUCAGCAGACUACGUCAUUAAAAUAGACGACGAUGUUUUUCUCAACACCGACAAUAUGAUCCGAUUUCUAGCGUUGUCGCCACGAAAGCUGUUUUACUUUGGUGAUACGCGAAUUGACACACAACCAAUACGGGACCACCACAGUAAAUGGUUCACCCCCGAAGAAGCGUGGCCAGCCGAGCUGUACCCCCCGUAUAAUAAUGGUCCGGCUUACGUGAUGUCCAUUGAUGUUGUUAAUGCAGUGUACCGGGAAUCCAAACAUUACCGUGUUUUCCCCUGGGAAGACGUCUACAUCGGCAACAUCACUAACGAUUUAGGCGUUGGCAGUUUCCCACACCAUGGUUUUGAUAAUAGUAAUAACGUUUUUCGUGAUGCAUGUUCUUUGUCUGUUGGGCUCACUUCUCAUAGUUUUACACCAACAAUGCUUUACAAGUUUUGGAGUGAAAUGAAAUCAUGUGAAAAAUCUCCUCAAACUUGUUGCUACAGGCAACCAGAAUUUAUGAGGAGAGCGCCAUCUUUGUCACAGAGUAGAUACGCUGUUCAACAUUUUGAUCCGUUGAAACAUUUGCCUCAACUGUGUAACCACAGUAACGACGAACAUAACAUUCACCUGCUUAUACUCGUGGCUUCGUCAUGUCAAAAAUAUGACAUGCGCAGGUAUGCUCGGUUGACGUGGGCAAACGUCGAUUCUAUAAAAGGCCGCAGAGUGGCGACUUUUUUCGUCGUUGGAAGUCCUUGUUCAUCUUCUUCCAUGGAAACAUUCAUUAAAAACGAAAUAUUUAUGCAUCGUGACAUUAUACAAGUGAAUGUCAAAGAUAAAACAUCUAAACAAUAUCUGAAUUUUAAAAUGUUAUUAUCGCUUCAAAUGAUGUCUCACUUCUGCGCAUGUGCAAGUCACGUGAUGAUCGUCAAUGACGACGUUUUCGUGAACGUUCCCGAUCUGUUAACAUUUCUCGCAAAACACGGGGAUAACGACUUAAAUUUAAAAGGUGGACGGUUUUGUUACGAUGAAAACUGUACUUGUUCCCGUGGAAAUCGUGACGUAAACUAUUUACGGAGAUUGAAAUCAUCGAUUAGCGACGAAGAAGACGACGAAACACUUGAGAGUGGCCAGAAAGGGACGAUACAGAUUUCUAAGGUGGAUUCGACGAUAAUAUUACUUAGUAAUAAAACAGUGGCUUCGGUUAGUGAAAAUUUGCGAAAAUAUUCCGGAAAAAUUACGAAUAUCCAAAUUGAGAGAAUCGUGGAGAAAAUUGGAAAAACAAUCGACGUACAUACAGGUUUUGACGUCAAGGGGAACACGGCGGCAGUUGAAGCUAGAGGUGGCAGCUCCUGCUGGCUGCAUAGAACAUUGGCGUCGGCGUCAUUUCAAUAUGCUCCUAAUAUGGGCAUGGUUGCAAGAAACAUGCACAAUGGUGAACACUUUCGCUGUGACAGGAACGAAUACAACCCGGAUAAUGUAACUGCUUACGACUGUGAUCGACAAAUUUACGUACGAAGUGAUGGAAAGACGACGACACUUCAUCUGAGACAAAACAAACAUUCUGAAUCCAAAAAUCCACGCGCGUCAUUUUUCAUCAAUCACCCUGAAGUGUGCCAGUUUAGUAACGGUAAACGGAAAGACGUGUUUCUGUUGAUCAUGGUUACCACAUUAUCCUACGAAGAAGAAUAUAGAACAGCAACAAGAGUCACGUGGGCGAGCACUUCCAAGAAAAGUAACAACAAUGUUGAAGUACUGUUCUUUCUCGGCGUUCCCGCGAACACAGCUGAUCAGAUUGCGAUUUUACGUGAAGACAGUCUAAAUGGUGACAUAAUUCAGGGUAACUUCAUAGAUAAUUUCCAUAAUCAAACAACAAAAACACUAGCACUAAUAGAGUGGGUCAGUACAUUCUGCGCUGGGGCCAGAUAUGUCUUAAAGACACGUUCAGAUAUGUUUGUUAAUGUUCGAAAACUUGUCGAAUAUUUGUCACUGCCAUAUCGAAACCUUCAAAACGGACUAGCAUUGGGGCGACUGCUUGUUCACAUGACGCCAGUACGCAAUGAAAAACACCUGUUCUACACAUCGUACGACACGUAUCCUAAUACAACCUUUCCCCCUUACCUCGGUGCAACUAGUUACAUAAUGAGCCGCGAUGUUGUACAAAAAGUUGACCAAAUGUCUAGAAAAUCUGCGAUGUUUCCAUGGGAAGACGUCUUCAUGGGUAUGAUGUUGACAAAAACCGGGAUCACUAUGCGAGAUCACUCGUACUUCGCAGGCGGCUCUAUCUUGGAUGAUCUAUCAACAUGCGAGACACAGCUUUACUUCUCCUGGAGAAUGAAAACUCCUUUUAGUAUCUACGCAUAUCAUCUUCAGAUCAUGAACGCCGAUUUGGACGAUUGUCCUUCCGAGCAACGUAUCACGGAACAGGAUUUAACAUUUAUUCAACUCCCCGAUAAAAAAGUUGUCAAUUGUGAUAAUGACGUCAUUUUUCUGGUAAUCUCGGAGGGUUCAAGUUUUUCACGGAGAAGGGCAAUUCGCGAGACUUGGGGCCAGUAUUAUGAGAAAGUCGAAUCUAGGAAUAUGGCAACUGUUUUUCUUCUGGGGAAGAAGAAUUCUCGUGAUGUUGAAAUGGAAGUCAAAGCAGAGUCCCGAGAUUUUGGUGACAUUUUACAGGGCGACUUUAUAGAAACAUACAGAAACCUGGUGUUGAAAACUAUUAUGGGAUUGAAAUGGAUUAAUGAAUAUUGUCUGGGUGUGAAUUACGUCGUGAAAAUUGAUGAUGACGUUUACGCAAAUGUUAAACUUUUGAUGACAUCACUGGAACAAAUAGACAGAGUUAACAUUUAUCGUGGGUUCACUUAUAGGGGUAUGAUGCCUCUGAGGGACUCUUCAAAUAAAAAUUCAGUUUCAAAGGAAGUGUGGCCGGAUAGGCCUUUCCCUCCGUACAACGCCGGUCCUAUGUAUGUAUUAUCGAAGGACGUCGCAAAUCGCGUCUACAAAGCUGCGUUUGACGCGCCAUUGCUGGCGAACGAGGAUGUGUUUAUUGGAACGGUGAUACAAAACAUUGGUUUGUUACCACAGUCAGAAACUAGAAUUGACAUUAGUGGAGACCAACACAGUGCCUGCCAACUUAACGGGCUUGUCGCGCGCCAUCAUGCGUCCUCAGAUGAAAUGUACAGGUUUUGGUACCAACAAAAUAAAAACAUUCUUUGUGACUCGCACCAAAAAUUUACAAAGUUUGAAACCUUCAAACCUAAAUCUUACGUAGACACAACUAUUGUACGUUAUGUAGAUGACAGUCACGUGGCACAAAACUGUAGCCCAGAAACUAUAAUUCUGAUUAUAACUCGCAGCGCACCGAACAAUUUCCGCGUAAGGACAUUGAUCCGUAAAGUAGUAGCGCAGACGACAGUUCUUCGGGCAAUCAGGGUUAUUUUCUUUGUCACAAAAAGUGCCAGUGUUUCUGCGCAGGUGAACGAUGACGUCACACAGGAAAGCAGCCAACACGGAGAUAUUGUGUUUGUAGACCUUGUAGACAACAUAGAACAUUCUACUCAAAUUUUAGUAUCUGAACUUCAGUGGAGUUCCGCGUUUUGUAAAAACAUGCAGUAUGUGUUAUACAGUGACGAUUCCAUUUUCGUUAACUACCUCGCCAUUUUUGAAUAUUUGCGUGCGAGUAACAGAAGCAAUUUAGCAUCCGGGUAUGUACAAAGUAACAUUGUCCCCGAUAGAGAGCCUUCUAGUGAUGUCUAUACUCCGGUAGAUUUGUAUCCUGACAAUGCGUUUCCAGUAUUUAUUCAAGGCCCACCAUAUUUAUUCUCCUUUGAUGUUGUGAAAAAACUCUCACAUACAACAAAAUCGACGCCAAUAUUUAUUUGGCCACAAGUAUAUGUUGGACAAUUGUUGGAACAGUUGGGUAUUGAACCAGAACACAAUCCUGGCUUUGAUGUAACGGGACAAAUAAGGACGACACACAAAUGCAGCCUUAGUUCACUGUUAACGUCAAACUUUUUUACCACGAGGCAGUUAGAGAUUGCGUGGAAAGGUAUAGCACAAUGUAAACAACUUUAA